AUGUUGGUGGUGUUACUGAUCCUGCAUGCCGUCUCAAGUGCCCAUUCUCAAGGGCCGCCGGGUGCCGCCAUGCCUGGGAAGCAGUGCCCGUCUGCGUGCCAGUGUGAGGAGGAUGGCAUCCUACUGCUCGUGGACUGCUCCGAACAAGGACUAUCCAGUGUGCCAACCGACCUGAGUCCUUUGAUGUCUUACCUGGAUCUCAGUAUGAACAACAUCAGUGAGAUUCAGCCCAACGCUUUCCACGACCUGCACUUCCUCAGUGAACUGAGACUCUCGGGCAACCACCUGAGACACAUCCCUGGCCCCGUGCUCCAAGGCCUCUACAACCUCAAAGUCCUGAUGUUGCAGAAUAACCAGUUAGAGAGAUUGCCCAGUGAAGACCCUUGGGAAUUACCCAAUUUGCUCUCUCUGCGUCUGGAUGCCAACCUGAUUAUGGAGGUGCCAGCAAGGACUCUCUCGGGUAUGCGGUCCCUGCGGCACUUGUGGCUUGAUGACAAUGCCCUGACAGAGAUCCCAGUAAGCGCCCUCAAUGACCUCUUUUCGCUCCAGGCUAUGACCCUUGCCCUAAACCGCAUCACCCACAUCCCAGACUAUGCCUUCAGGAACCUUUCCAACCUGGUUGUGCUGCAUCUUCAUAACAACAUGAUCCGGACCCUCGGACAGAACUGCUUUGAGGGACUGCACAGCCUCGAGACCCUGGAAUUGAACUUCAAUGACCUUCAAGAGUUCCCCGUGGCCAUUCGCACACUCGCCAAGCUUCAGGAACUGGGUUUCCACAACAACAACAUUAAGGCCAUUCCCGAGAGAGCGUUUGUGGGGAACCCACUUCUGCAGACCAUUCAUUUCUACGAGAAUCCCAUUCAGUUUGUUGGCAGAUCAGCAUUUCAGUUCUUGCCAAAGUUACACACGCUCUCUUUGAACGGGGCCACUGAGAUCCGAGAGUUUCCAGAUUUGAAAGGAACCACCAGCCUGCAAGUCCUUACGCUGACCCGAGCUGGACUGACCGUCCUGCCAUAUGAUCUCUGCCACCUGCUGCCUAAAUUAAGAGUGCUGGAGCUGUCGCACAAUGUCAUCGAAGAGCUGCCGAGUUUCUACCACUGUGCCUCUAUUCAGGAGAUAGGCCUGCAGCACAAUCUGAUCAAACAGAUUGAGAUGAACACAUUCCAACAGCUCAGCUCUCUGCGUUCACUGGAUCUAAGCUGGAACAGGAUCAACACCAUCCACCCUGAUGCCUUUUCCUCUCUUCAGUCACUUAUUAAACUAGAUCUCACUGGAAACCGAUUGAGCAGUCUCCCGCUCACUGGGCUAACAAGUCUCACUCAUCUUAAACUGAAAGGAAACAUGGCACUCUCGCGUUCCUUCAGAGAGGAGGACUUACCCAACAUAAGGGUCAUUGAGAUGCCAUAUGCCUAUCAGUGCUGUGUUUUUGGAGCCUGCAACAGCUACAAAGCAGCCAGCCAGUGGGAAGAACAGAUGGGCAGUGAAGAGGAAGAUCUCCAGAAGAAAGCUUUGUCCCUGUUCCCCAUUCAUACCGACAACAACUAUGACCUUGACUUAGAAGAAUUCCAGUUAGCUAUUGAAGAGUCCAAACUACAAACCAGCAUACAGUGUACCCCCAUCCCAGGUCCAUUUAAACCAUGCGAUAACCUGUUUGACAGUUGGGUGGUACGGCUUGGCAUGUGGCUCAUCUCUUUGGUCUCGCUGAUGGGAAACAGCCUUCUCCUCAUGACAGUCUUUGCAUCCCCCAGCUAUCUCUCCCCUGUUAAGUUCAUCAUCGGCACCAUCAGUGGCGCCAACCUGCUUACGGGCCUGUGCACCGGCACCCUGGCACUGGUUGACACCCGGACAUUUGGAGAGUUCGCCCUGCACGGCGCUCAAUGGGAAAGGGGUGCAGGAUGCCAAACAACAGGCUUUCUUUCAGUUCUAGCCUCUGAGGGCUCCAUACUCUUCCUGACCUUGGCUGCAGUGCAGUGUAGCGUGUCCGUGUCGUGCGCUCGAGCCUACGGAAAGUCGCCCUCUCUGGGAAGCGUGCGAGCCGCCACAGUGGCGUGCUUGGCACUUUCGUUGGCAGUCGCCGCUUUGCCGCUAAUUGGGGUCGGGGAGUACGGUGCAACCCCGCUCUGCAUGCCAUCACCACUGCCGGACGGCGAACCUUCCACGUUGGGUUACAUGGUUGCUCUGAUAAUGAUGAACUCCCUGUGUUUCCUGGUAAUCACUGGAACUUACAUCAAACUGUACUGGGACCUGAUGAAGGGCGACUUCGACAGUAUUUGGGAUUGCGCCAUGAUCAAGCACGUAGCCUGGCUCAUCUUCACCAACUGCCUGCUCUACUGCCCCGUGGCCUUCCUCACCUUCGCCUCCCUUCUGGGACUCUUUCCUGUGAGCGAGGAGGUUGUCAAAUCUGUCGUCCUGGUGCUUCUGCCUCUUCCUGCAUGCAUCAAUCCCUUGCUCUACCUUCUCUUCAAUCCGCACUUCCGUGAAGAUGCACGUUUGCUUUUGAGCAGAGCUCACCUCCAUCAUGACCGCAACCUGGAUUCCUUCGUCUCUGUUGACACGGAGAAAAGCUCAUACGACUCCACUCAAGCCUUGGUGUCCUUUGCCGCUGAAGCAGAUGCAGUAUUCGAGAGUUCAUCAGCACCAAACCCAGAGACAGUCGCCAGGUUUUCUUGCCCACCCUCAGUGCCUCUCAUCCCAUGCCAGAUGCAGAUGAACCCCUCAACAGAGAGAGAUAAUGUCGCAGAGAACCUGGUCAGGUCAACACCAGGACUCAUUGUCAAAGAGCAGGAGCACCUUAGGAGCAGUGGACUGGACACUCAUAAUGGAACCUCCUUCUCUGGAGUCUACCACUCCAUGCAUCUCUCAACUCAUUCUUAAGUCUUCUCCUAAACUCUAAAGUUUUUAAAGACCCUUUGAGCAUGAGAAGUCGUGAGCCCACAUAUGAACUGACCCCUAAAACCUUCAGAGCUAAUGAACAAUGAACUGUGUUUUGGGACUAUAUAUAUAACCACACUGUCCCAACUGCUACAUGGCAUUCUUAAAGGAAAAAAGGAGAAAAAAAAAAUUUGCAUUUUGUGGCAUAAUCUUGUGGGCAAUUUAGUAAUUUAAGCAACAAUCUUAAAAUGUUCAAAAACAAAUCCGCAUUUAUUUUUAGUAACUUGUUUUUGUAAUUAGGCUUAAAGGAGUGUUCUGGGUUUAAUAUCACCUCCAUGCAUGGAAUAUUGAUGAUUUUCACCGAAAGUAAUUUCUUUUUUGAUUCAACCCUCUUUUUAAACAAGCGGGGGGAAAAAUCAUGCAUUAUGUACAUACAAUGGGAGUCAAUGAGGUGAAGUACUGCACCUGCAUAAAAAUUCAAAUUCACAAUGCGUCUACAAUGGUAAUGCAUAACCAAAAAUGAAUCCACCUACAGCAGUGGUCGCACAUCUCAUGAGCACUACAAUUCAUUGUUUUAAACCUGGAACUAGGGUUGCAAAGGGGUGGAAAAUUUCCUGUAAAUUUCCGUAAACUUUCCAAAAAUCCCUGGAAUAUUCCCCAAAAUCCUGGCAAGUUUCAAAAAUGUAUGGAAUAUUUCCGAAAUUUACUGGAAAUUUUCCACCUUUUUGCAACCCUACCUGGAACAUUCCUUUAAUUAGGAAAUAUCACAGGGAUGUUUGCUGAUGUACAAGGAGUUAUGCAUCUAAAUAUUUCAAUGUGAAAAAAUGUCUCUACAUAAAGCUCAAUUCUUGUGUACGCAAACUUUUAUGCAUUCAUUUCCAAGUGUGUAUAUAUCAAAGUCUCGUUAAUUAUUUGCAAGUCAUCACUUGCUUACUUGCCCCUAGAUAAUAAUAAUAAUAAUAAAAAAUGUAUGGGAAGGUAAAUACCUAUGUAUAUUGUCAAAUAAUAUUUAGUGUCUUAAAAAACAACAACAACAACAAAAACAUCAUGCCAACAGGUGCUAAAACAUACUACCAUAAACAUACUCUCUGCAAGUACAUAAAAGGCUUGGUAAACGCUCUGCAAGCUGUUCAUGCUGUAUAUAUUUAGCAGGCAUUGUGACAGUAAAAAACUUGACAGAAGCAAAAAUGCACCAUAGGAGACAUUAUGCUAAUUCAUACCAUAAUCCAGCUGACAGUAACUCUGAGAAUGCAAUACAUAUAAAAAAUUAAAACGCACUAAAGCAAAUUUAAAACAUAUUUUUGUAAUAAUAUGUAAUGCAACACAUUUCAAAAUUAAACACUGCAUUAAAUUCAAGCUUGCAUAGCUAAAAGCAUUUGCAUUCAUGUACUUGUAUAGCCUAUGUUUGAGCUUCACGAUGUAAGAUUUUUAUUUUUUUUGUCAAGUCCACAGGAUUAAGGUAGAGCAAAACAUGAAAUAUACUGAACAUGUUGACGCUAUAAACUGAAGAUUAAAAAGAACUAUGAGCGAUUUGAUUAGGUUGUAAUAAAGCUUGUUCGGGAUCUUUUACAGAUUGUAAAGUAGGCUAGCUAUUGUAUUGUAAAAUAUAACUACCUCUGAUCUAGCAUGUUAUACCUUUUUAUCCUUAUUGAUUUCUAUUCGUUUUAUAUUAAAUGUAUAUUAAAAUGUAAUUUUUAUAUUGAAAUUUUAAGAUCUUU